AUGGGUUGGACCGUUCGAGGUUGUGAAGGCGCUACCCCACUCGUUCGAAGUCAAGCAUCUAGUGACGGGACGUGCCUACGACGUACAUGCUUCAAGUUUUAUGCUGACUCGGCUCUAAACACUACGGAGGAGCUACUGGAACUCUGUUCGAGGCAUGGCAUGGUGCUUGGUGUCGAACGAUUCGUUGAUCAUCGUUUUAAUAAAGAAUACGGACGAUGGGAGCUGAUGGUGGCCUGGGCCGGGCUUCGGGCGAUCGAAAACUCGUGGGAGCCGCUCGCUACGCUACUUCAGGACGUACCCGUUAAAGUUCGCAACUACGUCGCUACUACGGCUGAAGACGAAGAAAUUCGCGGACAACUCGACUAG